GGAGGCUGCCCCCGGCCGGGCCAGGGGAGGCUCAGAUUCAAGGAGGAGACAGAGCCGAGAGCUGCCGGAAAUGUCUAAGCGGCAGCCGCGCUAGCCAGGGGGAGCCCGUAAUGCCCUGGAGGAGCAAUGUGAGCAGCUGACAGCAACUCCGGAGCGCUGCUGCAUCCGCCGCCUGCUUUGCUACGGGGCCGGGCCAGACUCCAGGGGGCCGGCUCGUGAGAGAAGUAAACUUCCCCGAGACGCGCUUUCCUGCAAGUUCCCCUCUGCUCCCCCCAAGUCCCAGCCGCUGCUCUGUGCUCAGCCUCGCCUGGUCCCCCCUGGCAGCGGGGCUGCUGCCGCUACUGCCAUGGGGCUGCCCACCCUGGAGUUCAGCGAUUCCUACUUGGACAGCCCGGAUUUCAGAGAGCGGCUGCAGUGUCACGAGAUUGAGCUGGAGAGGACCAACAAGUUCAUCAAGGAGCUGAUCAAGGACGGCAGCCUGCUCAUCGGGGCCCUCAGGAAUCUAUCCAUGGCAGUGCAAAAAUUUUCCCAGUCGCUACAGGAUUUUCAGUUUGAGUGUAUUGGAGAUGCUGAAACAGAUGAUGAAAUUAACAUUGCCCAGUCACUGAAAGAGUUUGCCCGGCUACUGAUUGCUGUAGAAGAGGAGAGAAGACGACUUAUCCAGAAUGCCAAUGAUGUGUUAAUAGCACCACUGGAAAAGUUUCGUAAAGAACAAAUAGGUGCAGCAAAAGAUGGGAAGAAGAAGUUUGACAAGGAAAGUGAGAAAUAUUAUUCCAUUCUAGAGAAGCACUUAAAUUUAUCAGCAAAGAAAAAAGAAUCUCAUUUGCAAGAUGCAGAUACACAGAUCGACAGAGAACAUCAAAACUUUUAUGAAGCAUCAUUAGAAUAUGUGUUUAAAAUUCAAGAAGUACAGGAGAAAAAGAAAUUUGAAUUUGUUGAACCUCUUUUGGCAUUUCUUCAGGGAUUAUUUACUUUUUACCAUGAGGGAUAUGAGCUGGCCCAGGAGUUCACCCCAUACAAGCAACAGUUGCAAUUCAACUUGCAGAAUACACGAAAUAAUUUUGAAAGUACCAGGCAGGAAGUCGAGAGACUGAUGCAGAGAAUGAAAUCUGCCAGCCAGGAUUACCAACCACCCAGUCAAUGGACAAUGGAAGGCUAUCUCUAUGUGCAGGAGAAACGACCCCUUGGAUUUACCUGGGUAAAACAUUACUGUACUUACGAUAAAGGGACAAAAACAUUUACAAUGAGUGCAGCUGAAACAAAGUCUGGUGGGAAAGUGAAUGGCCUUGUCACAAGCUCACCAGAAAUAUUCAAGCUAAAAUCCUGCAUCCGGAGAAAGACUGAUUCAAUUGACAAACGUUUCUGUUUUGAUAUUGAAGUAUCUGAAAGACAUGGGAUCAUAACACUUCAGGCUUUUUCAGAGUCCAACAGGAAACUUUGGCUGGAAGCUAUGGAUGGAAAGGAACCAAUUUACACUUUGCCAGCCAUUAUUAGCAAGAAGGAAGAAAUGUUCUUAAAUGAAGCAGGUUUUAACUUUGUGAGGAAAUGUAUUCUUGCUGUGGAGACAAGAGGUAUCACAAUCUUGGGGCUGUACAGAAUAGGAGGUGUAAACUCCAAAGUGCAAAAGCUGAUGAAUACCAUAUUUUCCCCUAAAUCCCCUCCUGAUAUGGAUAUUGAUAUGGAUGUUUGGGACAAUAAAACAAUAACAAGUGGACUAAAAAACUACCUCAGGUGUCUUACAGAACCACUGAUGACCUUCAAGUUGCACAAGGAUUUCAUUGUUGCCGUUAAAUCUGAUGACCAGAACUACAGGGUUGAGGCAGUACAUGCACUUGUUCAUAAAUUACCAGAGAAAAACAGAGAGAUGCUGGACAUCCUAAUCAAGCAUUUGGUCAAGGUUUCAUUACACAGUCAACAAAAUCUCAUGACCGUCUCCAACCUUGGUGUUAUCUUUGGGCCGACUCUGAUGAGAGCACAGGAGGAAACCGUGGCUGCUAUGAUGAACAUUAAGUUCCAGAAUAUUGUAGUGGAAAUUUUGAUAGAGCAUUAUGAAAAGAUAUUUCACACUGCACCAGACCCCAACAUUCCUCUUCUCCAGCCUCAGUCCCGUUCAGCUUCCAGAAAAACAAGAGCAAUAUGCCUCUCAACAGGCUCACGCAAACCCAAAGGAAGAUAUACCCCAUGUCUGGCAGACCAUGAUAGUGAUUCAUACAGUAGUAGUCCAGACAGCACCCCGAUGGGCAGCAUAGAAUCACUCUCGUCUCAUUCGUCAGAACAAAACAGCACCACAAAAUCCGCCUCAUCCCAACCAAGGGAGAAAUCGGGAGGAAUUCCAUGGAUUGCAUCUCCACCUUCUUCCAAUGGACAGAAGAGCUCAGGCCUCUGGACCAUAAGUCCAGAAUCCUCCUCUAAGGAGGAUGCGACAAAAACAGAUGUGGAGUCAGACUGUCAAAGUGUAACUUCUGUCACUAGCCCAGAGAAUACAUCUCCACCAAUAGAUCUGACCAAAAAAGGGCUUUAUGGUCUGUCUGGGCUGAAAAGGUCUGCAGCUUCCUCCCUCAGAUCAAUCCCUUCAGCAGAAGGUAACAAAAGUUGCAGUGGAUCUGUACAGAGCUUAGCCUCAAUUGAUGCCAAAGAUACACCAAAGGCUCCACUCAAUCCUGAGUUGCCACCCAAAAUGUGCAGGAGAUUGAGAUUGGAUACUGCAUCAAGUAAUGGUUAUCAGAGACCAGGAUCUGUAGUGGCCGCAAGAGCCCAGUUGUUCGAAAGUGCUGGUUCACUUAAACAAACUUCUUCAGGACGCCAAGCCAAAGCCAUGUAUUCCUGUAAAGCUGAGCACAGUCAUGAGCUCUCCUUCCCACAGGGGGCGAUAUUUUCAAAUGUGUACCCAUCAGUGGAACCAGGCUGGCUAAAAGCAACUUAUGAAGGCAAAACAGGACUAGUUCCAGAGAAUUAUGUUGUCUUCCUCUAGUAAUCUUUAGUGGACAGCAGUAUCUUCAUGGUAUCCAUGGUAACAAAUAAUAAGCACUAUGAUUUUAUCUGACACAGAUGUGGGGAUCAGCCCGUUAGCAGAGAGUGGUAGAUUUUCUUCAAAUUCUGCAAGGGCAAAUUAGGUAGCUCCCUAUAAAUGGAACAGGAUAUAAUGAAAUAGUUAACAGUUUUUUGUACUGCAGAUGGUACUCUGUUUAAAUAACUUCCAUUGUUUUUAACACAAGCAUGUUGCAUACUUCUUUUAUGGAUAAGUAACAUUUGAGCAGUAAAAUCAGAAAAUUAGCUGCAGAACAUGUCAGACCUGAGAUAUUGCUCAAUCAGCGUGAAAUUCACAGGCAAUGCACUCUGCCAAUUCUUACAAUUAUAUUGUUUUACAUUUAAAAAUUAUAUAUUUGUUCAUAAAGCAAGAUAUAUUUCUAUGAUCUGUCUUCUGCAUUAGAAAACUUGAUUCUGAGACUGGUCCCAGUCAUUUCAUGGAAGAAGUUAAUCUGCCAUAAAAGCAGAGUUUUGAAUCUCUUGUUAUGCAACGAGUGCACAAUAUACAGAUGCAGUAAUGUAUGUAAUUUAUAUAACUGAUAACUAAAUUAGAUUGUACACUGAUUAAGCAGUAAGUGCUCUUUCAAAAUGUGACUUUUUAAAACCAACAUUUAAUUCAAAUAUUGUACAGAUUUAUCUUAUUUCCGCCUUGCUUUCAUCAGUUUGUUUUAUCAAUAUAAUUAAUAUUAAUAAUAAAUUAUAUUUCUAGCAUCCAUCUUCCCUAAGACAUUCUCGGCUUGUCUCAAAAACACAACCAUACCAAACAAAGAAGUACUGAAAGUAAAAUGAUGGGGAAAUGUGUGAGGUUAGCAACAAAGAAUGAAAAUAAAUCUAAAACCUGAAAUAAAACAUAGCAGAGUCCCAUAAUGCCAUUAAGACACCCAAAUUGUUUUUCAGAUUUUCCACCACAUACAAGACAAAUGACCUAUGAAGUGUCUAGUUUUAUAAGCUAUGAUUUCUAAAGGCUCCUUUUAGAUAUAAAAAGGAUCUGACAUUAGAUAAACUUUUUGUUUAGUUUGAAAUACAGUUUCCUCAGAAUUUCACUGAAUUAUUAGACAACAAUUCCAAAACAUGAUGAUAAAACUGCUUCGUAUAGAUAUUUCCAAAUAACCAUUAAUUACUCCAGCCGGAACUAAAAGGCAGUCAUUUUCUAACUGCUGACAUUAAAUUUUGUGUGAGUUUUCCCAUCAGAGUACAAUGGUUUGUAUUAAUAAAAGGCUGUAAUAAACAGUGAGGGCACUGGCACUUUAUCACAGAUUAACAAUCCUUUACAAAGAGAACAAAGAACAGAAAUCAGAAAAGGAAGAGAGUAAACAGUAAGCAAAGCAUAUGUCCAAGGCAGACACUCUGCUUGCUGAAAGAACGACCAUAGAGUCCAGUCCUGAAGGCCUUAUUGGCAAAACUCCCCUUGAAUUUGGACAUCCCCAAUUAGUUAAUCGACAGAGCUGCUAACUUGGUGAAUCCAUUCUGGGGAGUCAGUACACCGUGACCUCAAAAACCUACGCUGAUGUCAACAGAAUCACACAUGUGCUUAAGCCACUGGCUCAAGCAGGGCAUAGCUCUUUAUUGAACUGCUCCAGGAAAACUGCAGUAGCUGCAUGGCCAGUCAGCAUGUACUAUUCAAAGCAAAAUCAUUUCAGCGCUACAUUAACACAUUAGCAGCUGAGCUCAUUGCUGUUAGUGCUACAGGAAGAAUUGCCUCUCAUACAGACUCUCCUGCGUGUUAGCUCUUUCUCCCGUAACAGUAUUAAAUAUUACAGGUGGGCAGGGCAAGGUAAUUCCAUUGUGCCGAAGAUUUAGAUAUUUCUAAAUUAGGUUUUGUUCUGCUUCCGAAUGAAAACCCCACAUUUUGAAGUUUUCUGCAAAUUGGCAUGGCGCCCCGGCUCCAGGGCACUCUUCCUGGUGGCCUGUCCUGGAGCUGCAGACCCUGGAAGCUCAGAGGUCCCCAACUCAGAGACAGCACACCUGGCGGGAUGUUCUGGAUCCACAGCCCUUGGAAGCCCAGGCGUCACAGCAGCUCACCAGGCAGGUUUCCUCAGCCCUUUGUUGAAAUAAAACUGUCUCCAUGCAACAUUUUGAUUUUGACAAACAACAAAACGUUUUUCUCAGCGUUUUUUCCAACAGCUCCAUUAAGUAUAUUAACCCUUUAUUUACCAAAAUAGCGGGUGCUGCUUUCUUAAUGGGUUAAAUAGGAGCUUUUCCCAGGGCUGAAAACCUUACCAAGCUAUUAAACACUGCCAAAUUUUCUGGCACUUCCCCUGGAGGGCUUAGUAGGCUAUCUAUCGCCAAUACACGCAGUUUUUCAAAAGUAGUGUAUGUCUCACAGCUUCUGUACCUGCCUCCUGGACAACGCAGUGGGAGUUGCUUACAGUGAGUCAUUUCUUGACAGUAAUUUUGUUCUUGAAAUUCAGGCUGGUGGCAAAUGGAGCUCAGCACAGGGGGGCUCUUGGAAUCCUUUGCAUGA